AUGACUGCCAGCAGCAGCAGACACCAGAUCGACUACAAGUUCCCAGACCCCACCGACCCACUCCAGUUCGCAAGCCGCCCCGAGCCAGACUCACUCAUCGAAUCCCCACACUCCUCCCCCAGGAACACCGCCCAGAGCGACACCGACUGGUCCAUCCUAUCCACCAACCCCAAACCACCACAAUCAACACUACCACCAUCAUCAUCAUCAUCAUCAUCAUCAGCCCAAAACUAUCACCAGGAAAACACCACCCAACCACCCCAGGAACCGCCGCCCGCAAUGCCUGAAGACCAGCAUAAAUGCCAGCUGUGGAUCGAAAACUUGCCGCCAGCUGCCAAGGAACCAGACGCCCCGAUGAUCGACAGCCUCACACAGACGGUCCUGCCCUCCACCACAAACCAGAAACCCGCCGAUCCCAGCCAAAGUCUAGAUUACAGUCAAUACACCACUGAUCUUGGCCCCAACGACAGCGCCUCCCAAUGUGUCUACCACAGGCCGCCACCCCCACCACCACCACCAGCAGCAGCUACCCCCGCGCAGGCCGACCUGCCCGUCCCAGAACCCGAUCGACAUCCGGCAGCCCAGACGCCGGCCGCGGGCGGCGCCGCGGACUGUCCCCUGGACCCGGCCAUGGACCUCUCCUCGUCCUAUCUCACACCCGAGCUGCUCUUGUCAGCCGCGCCACCCAACCCCGCCCUUACGCCCUCCCCAUCGGCGCCCAGGAGUGCCCCCGCGGAUCCCGGCCCCCCAGCGCCCCGGCCGGCGUCUUCUCAACCCAGCCAUGCAGCGUCCAAAGGCACCCCAUCCCCCGCGAUACCCCCCAAAACGUCGCCACCAUCCGCGCCAGCGCAGGCCCCCCACACCCCCCCGCGUCACAGCCCCGCCAAAAGCCGCUUGGUCCUCUUCCUAUUCAUGUCUGCAGCAUCUGUACUGGUCUAUCGGCUCUAUUCCUCGCGCCCGCAGAGCGCUCCCCUCAAUCAUCCGCUUGCUCGUGGGCCUGCUCCGACCGAGGACCUCUUCCGGGCCGCAAUCAUCAACGAGCCGCGCGUUGUUGAAGAGGACGAUACUGCGCCCAUCGUCCCCCACACCGAACCAGCCCAAGUCGUUCUACUUUCUCGCGACGAAACAGAGCCGGAUGACGAUCUCGGACUAGCAUCUGUCCCCGAUAUCGACCAGCCGGAGAAGGACGAUCCUUCACCCCUCGGAGCCCCGCCUAUUGUCCCCGACACCGAGCCACACCAAGUCGUGCUACUUUCUCGCGACGAAUCCGAGCCGGCUGACGAUCUCCAAUCUUCGUCUGCCCCCGAUACCCAUCAGCCUGUGCAGUCGGUCGAAUCCCCUGCGGAGGAAGAAUCACCCAAUCCUGGUGUUGGUCCGCCUCCGACGCGUCUCGACGAGGCUGCCGCAACGGAAGACGAGAAGAACGGCACGGCCCAGCCCGUGUCACCGCCGCCUGACCGGCGUCUCCCGCCGCCCGACUACGUGUUCUGGACGCCGGUGUUCGCGCUCAUCGGCACACUGCUGCUGCUCCCGCGCUGGAUCUCCGGGCGGGAAGAGGCGGGUGCGGGCGAGCCUCUGAGCGUGGACGAGCUGCUCUCGAGUCUGGAGGAGCGCGCAGACCCGCCGGGCUCGUUCGGCGAGCUGCGCGCAAGCCUGGCCGCGAUCGCCCGCGACGGCCCCGCGCUGGCCCGGCUGGCCCGGACCCUCAAGAGCCGGGCGCGCAAGCAAGGAUGUCCGCCCGUCGAGCUCGGGCUCCUGGCCUGGACGGCCUCCGUGGCCGGGAACGAGCAGGCCGCGACGGACACGUGGGCCCGCUUCUGGGCCCUCCUCGGCGCGCCCUCCGCCUCCCCCACCGAGGCCCGCUGGCUGGCGCUCGUCGAGCAACUCGGACGCGCGUACAAUGGACCUGUUAAGACCGAAUUCGACGACGGCUCGUCCGUCGCCACUCUGAAGGCCUCGUCGCCGGCCCUCAAGCCUGACCCCGACGGCCCCACUCCCGACCUCCCCGCGCCCGACCCCCCGGCCCGUGCCCGCAAGAGCGCCAAACGCAAGGCCAGUCUGGGCCCGGCAUCCCGCGCCGUCGAGGCCAAGCCCGCCCCGGAGGAGGAGAGCGCCCUGCGUCACUCCCGACGCAAGACCGUCCCCGCAGCCGCCCUCGUGCCCCAAGCACCCGCCCUGCCCCGGCCCAACACCCGCACAUCCGCCCCGCUCGCCCCGAUCACUAACUCCAGCUACCCCGGCGAGCCCCGGGAUCCCCCUGCUGCUCCGCCGCCCACGGCACCGACACGGGCCGGACGACGGGACGGCCCGCCCGCGGUCCGGUCUAGCCCGCGGCUCCGGGACAAGGUCGAGCGCAAGCCUUGA